GUUCCACUGCUCGCUCGAGCCUCCACGGAUCGGCAGCCGGGGCAGCGCAGAGAGGCGGGGACAGGCGACAGCCGCUCCUCCGGGGGCCGGCCCAAGCAGGGGUCUCGGUGCCUGGGAGGCAGCAAGGGUCGCUCCGGGCCCAGUGCCCCCGGCGCCCCGUCCGGGUCCCAGCUAGGGCGGGGCGCGCCCAGCGUUUCCGGGAGGAGCGGCCCGGGCGCACGGCAGGUGCGGCGGCGCAGUUCGCAGCACCUGAAGGCCAACUGAGGCCCUCUGCUCCCAUGGCCAGCCCUGGAAAGCCUGGGGCUGAUGAGGACCAGGAGGAGGAGGGGGAACUCGAGGGGGGCUCUGCAGGUCCAUGGGCUACAAUGCUGGAGCAGGCCCAGGAGCUGUUUCUGCUGUGUGACAAGGAGGCCAAGGGUUUUAUCACCAGGCACGACCUGCAGGGUCUCCAGAGCGACCUGCCCCUCACACCAGAGCAGCUGGAGGCCGUGUUUGAAAGUCUGGACCAGGCUCACACUGGCUUUCUCACUGCCCGGGAGUUCUGUCUGGGCCUGGGGAUGUUUGUGGGGGUGGAGUCGGCCCAGGGAGCGAUCCCCCGCAGGACUCCCGAGGAGACCUUUGAGUCGGGCUGGGGCUGGCUCGACGUGCAGGACACGGGGGCCUCUCUGGAUGAGGAGGAGGAGGAAGAGGAGGAGCGAUUCCACACUGUGUUGGAGCAACUGGGGGUGGCCCCGGUCCUGGGCGAGCAGCGGGCUGUGAGGACGCUCUGGGCCCGGCUGCAGCGCGAGCGCCCCGACUUGCUGAGCUCUUUCGAGGAUGUUCUGAUACGCGCGUCAGCCUGCCUGGAGGAGGCGGCCCGGGAGCGCGACGGCCUGGAGCAGGCGCUGCGGAGGCGCGAGAGCGAGCACGAGAGGGAGGUGCGCGCUCUGUACGAGGAGACGGAGCAGCUUCGCGAGCAGAGCCGGCGCCAGCCGAGUCAGAACUUCGCCCGCGGGGAGCGGAGAAGCCGCCUGGAGCUGGAGCUGCAGAGCCGCGAGCAGGACCUGGAACGCGCGGGCUUGCGGCAGCGGGAGUUAGAACAGCAGCUGCAGGCCCGGGCUGCGGAGCACCUGGAGGCGCAGGCCCAGAACUCCCAGCUGUGGCGGGCGAACGAGGCGCUGCGAACGCAGCUGGAGGGGGCGCAGGAGCAGAUCCGCAGGCUGGAGAGCGAAGCGCGAGGCCGCCAGGAGCAAACCCAAAGAGAGGUGGUCGCCGUCUCCAGGAACAUGCAGAAAGAGAAAGACAGCCUGCUACGGCAACUGGAGCUGCUCAGGGAACUGAACACACGGCUGCGGGAUGACAGGGACGCCUGCGAGGCCAGGCAGGUGGGUGGCAGCCGCAGGAAGGCUCUGACAACUGCCCACCUGCCUGGGCCCACCUGCUGCUGCUGCUGCUGCUGCUGGCCUCGGCCCCACAGACGCGGCUCUGGCCACCUUCCCAGUACCCGGUGACCAGCUCCGAGUGACUCACAGAGCAUCAGCUAGAAGCUGCUCUUCUGGGAGGCUUGUCAUGGGUAGGGGGUGCCCACUCAGGAUGCGGGCUCUCCCCAGAGGGCCCCAGGCUCACCUGACUGAAGAACUGAAGACAUGAAGGACCUAGCCUGGGAGUGGUCAGGGUCCAGGGAGUGGUCAGGGUCCCGUGUGCCCUCUGCCAGUCUUCGCUCUGUCCCCGAUCAACCCCAACUCAGUUCAGCAGAAAACCCCCCUCCUCAAAUAAAACCUACUGACUGC